AUGUGCGCUUUUAGCUUGGGGACUGAAACAGAUGGAAGUAUUAUAUAUCCGGCGGACCGCAAUGCGGUGGUUGGCAUCAAGUCCACUGUUGGUUCGGUUUCCUGCGAUGGACUCAUUCCAGAGGCGAGCAGCCUAGAUGCUGUUGGCACCAUUGGCCGAACCGUUGAGGAUGCGCCACUUGCUUUGGAUGCUAUCAAGGGAAAUCUCCAACAAGGUGAGGAUCUGAGGGCUGUCAUCGAGAUGAUAAAAAGCGCCGGAGCCGAAAUUCACGAGGCGACAGACUUCCCCAGUGCGAAAGAAAUUAUUUCACCAACAGGCUGGAACUGUACUUUGAGGGAGCAUGCCCCAGAAGACAAUCCAGAUCUAUCCGAGUUCACGGUCGUGAAGACGGAAUUUUACAAUGAUAUCCGGACAUAUCUUUCCAACUUGGCUGCUAACCCAAAUGAAAUCAAGAGCUUGGAAGACAUUGUUGCGUAUAACAAGAAAAAUGCAGAUAAAGAAGGCGGGUUCCCUGGUAAACAUCCCUGUUGGCCCAUGGGGCAAGACAAUUUCGAGAAAAGCGUCAAGUCCAAAGGUGCCAUGGACGAUACAUAUCACCGGGCUUUGGAAUAUAUCCGGAAAAAGUCGCGGGAAGAAGGAAUUGAUGCCGCUUUGUCGUGGAAAGGCUCGAAGCUUGAUGGGCUUCUCGUGCCAGUUCAAGCAGAACGGGGCGUAGCAUCUCAGGUAGCGGCUAAAGCUGGUAUGGAAUUUCCUUCCCCCCUUGUUGUGAAUCAAGUUCCUGAAACCUUGCGAUAG